AUGGGAACACUGUUCCAAGAUAGAGUUUUCGGGUACAUGGCACAGGACCUGGUGACGUUUGGAGCCUAUGAAGGAGCACAGUUGAAGAUUGCAAAUAGUAUUUUUGGAUUGGCGUUGAGUGUUACAAGUAGAUUCAGUAAUGACACCAACAUUGACGGAGUCCUUGGCCUUGCUCCAGCUAUGAACUACGACCGAAUCUACCUAUCUCCUCUUCUGAAUGCCAUCCAACAGGGUCUUCUAGAUUACGAUCUUUUUACAGUAUAUCUGGAAGAUCAUGGAUCACAGAAAAACGUUCCAGGUGGCAGGUUCAUAUUUGGUGGAAUUGAUACGGACAAUUGCGGGGCGGUUAUUGACUGGCUCCCAUUUGUAUCGUCUGUUAAUUAUGGGUUUAUGAUUGACGGAGUGUCUAUUGGAAACUAUUCUUUGAAUCGUACAAUGCAAGUUAUGACCGACACUGGAACUCUGUUUAUUGCUGCCCCAUUUUACGUACUGAAUGGGAUUGUGGCUACUUUGGGAUACGACAACACCACUAAAAGCUAUUAUGUCCCAUGUGAUGGGGAAAAAGAGAACUUGAAUUCUGUGAUUGGAGGUAAAUCUUACUCUGUGGAACCGAGGAAUUAUAUUCUUGAAACCGACCAAGCCAACACCUGUCUUCUGGCUAUCAGUGGCCUCAGUGGUUACGGUAUGGGACCCACGUGGAUUCUGGGAACCCCGUUUAUGAGGCAAUACUGUCACAUUCAUGAUAUUGGAAACCAGAAAAUGGGUCUGGCGAAAAGUCGUCAGAAGUUCUGA